AUGCCACCAAGACUGUUCAUCGUUGGCGCCACUGGGUAUGCAGGAGGGGAUUUUAUUGCCCUUCUUACAGCUCUUCACCCUGAUCUUGACUUCAGAGCCUUCGUUCGCAGUGCAGAAAAGGCUCGUUUACUAUCUGAGACAAUCCCAGCCGUCCAGUGCGUUGUAGGAUCUUCACAUGAUAAUGAUCUCCUCGCAACCGAGAGUGAAGCAGCCGAUAUCGUCGUCCAGAUCGCCGAUACAGACGACGAGGAACUCUCUUUCGCAAUGCUUGGUGGGGUUUCGAGGAACAAGAGCGGGGUAUACAUCCACAUCUCUGGUGCUGGAAAUCUCCUGGAUUUAUCCACCGAACCAGGUGUUUCCCACCCGAGAGUGUACGGGGAUAAGUCCGACGCGGAAGAAAUCCUCAAUCUUCCUCCUGAUCGUCCCCAUGCCGCUAUUGAGCAGGAGCUGAUAAGAAGGGCGGCGUCAACGAAUACCAAGAUUGUUAUUGUUAGCUUCCCAAUGCUCUACGGCGAAGGAAGGGGCAUAUUCGCCAAGCAUGCGGGACAUUUUCAGCUUUAUGUCCAGGGGGUGCUGUCGCAUGGGAAGGCAUUUGUGGUUGGAGCCGGAGCAAACCGUAUCAGCACUUCACAUGUAUCCGAUGCGUCAGCUGCGUUGGUCUUUGUGAUUGAGGAGGUUUUGAAAGGUCGAGACAGUCGAAUUCGCUGGGGGAAUGAAGGAUAUUACUUUGUGGAGUCUUCGGAGUCCUCGUUUAAGGAAAUCGCUACAGACGUGGCGAAAGUCUUGCAUCAAAAGCAGCUGAUCAAGUCAACGGAGAUCGAUUGUUUAGACUCAGAAUCUGUCUCUAAGAUCUGGUCACUCGGCCCUCUAAUCUGGGGAUUGAAUGCAAGGGCUCGAGCGGAAAAGUUGUAUGAACUGGGUUGGGUACCUUCGAGCUACCCACGAACUGAGUCGAUGGGGGCCGUGAUUGACUCGGUGCUUACUUCGAUAAAGCUCAAGGCUGAGCUCAUCAUUCAGCUUGGUUGA